UGUUGCUAGGAAACAGUCAAACUGUCUGGAGCCGAAGACAGGCAGAGAGCGACUAUAAACCGGCCGCAAGUACCGGGAUCGAGCCAGAGACAAGCAGAGAGAGACUAUAAACCGGCCGCAAGUACCGGGAUCGAGCCAGAGACAGGCAGAGAGAGACUAUAAACCGGCCGCAAGUACCGGGAUCGAGCCAGAGACAGGCAGAGAGAGACUAUAAACCGGCCACAGGUACCGGGAUCGAGCCAGAGACAGGCAGAGAGAGACUAUAAACCGGCCACAGGUACCGGGAUCGAGCCAGAGACAGGCAGAGAGACUACAAACCAGCCGCAGAGAUGAUGGAAAUAGUGUAUGUCUAUACUAAAAUACGGAGCGAGUUUGGGCGGCAGUGUAACUUUUCAGAUCGCCCAGCAGAGCUACAUGUUGACAUUGUCCCGGAUCCAUCGUUGGCAGAAAACUUCAUCGAGAAAAAUCCCAUUGAUGUGUUUGUACAAGUUUCAAAGGACAUGUCUGAACAUGAGGCCAAUACAGAACGUUUUAAGACAGAGACUCGAGGGAUUAACCAUGUAGAGGGUGGCUGGCCCAAAGAUAUAAAUGCAAAUGAUCUGGAACAUACCAUUCGUUACAGGAAGAAAGUGGAAAAGGAUGAGAAUUAUGUCUACACACUCAUGCAGCUUGGUAGUUUAAUGGAGCACUGCAUCAAACAGAACAACGCAAUUAAUAUUUAUGAGGAAUACUUUGAUGAUAAAGAGGAAUCUGUUGAAAGAUUUAUCGAACCUUCAUCUGCAAAAACUAUAAAUGUUUUCAGUGACCCCAAUGAAGUUAAGCGGACGGUGUCUCAUAUCUCAUGGCAUCCAGAUCAAGGCCGAAAGCUGGCAAUUUCUUAUUGUUGUCUGGAGUUUCAAAGAGCUGCUGACAAUAUGAGUUAUGAAUCAUACAUCUGGGACCUCGAAAAUACAAAUAAGCAUGACAUGGUAAUAAAGCCUGUAUCACCUCUUCUGUGUCUGGAGUACAACCCAAAAGAUUCACAUAUUCUGGCUGGAGGUUGUUACAAUGGACAAAUGGGAUACUGGGACACACGGAAAGGAAGCCAGGCGGUUGAAAUUCCAACAAUUGAAGUUGGUCAUCGGGAUCCUGUAUACAAGAUUAUUUGGUUACAGUCUAAAACGGGAACAGAAUGUUUCUCUGCUGCUUCUGAUGGGCAGGUACUGUGGUGGGAUAUCCGGAAAUUGAGUGAACCUGUAGAGAGACUCAUUCUGGACGUUACAAAGAAAGAUGAUCCAGAUAUUGCAUAUGGAGCUGUUUCACUCGAGUUUGAAAGCACCAUGCCAACCAAAUUUAUGGUAGGCACAGAACGAGGUGUCGUAAUAUUGGGAAAUCGAAAAGGGAAAGUCCCAGCUGAGAAGAUUGUCUCCACCUUCACUGGCCAUCAUGGUCCAAUCUAUGCUGUCCAGAGAAACCCUUUUUACCCAAAGAACUUUCUAACAGUUGGGGACUGGACAGCCCGAAUUUGGUCUGAGGAACUCAGGGACUCAUGCAUUAUAUGUACUAAAUACCACAUGUCCAACUUGACAGAUGGUUGUUGGAGCCCCGUCAGGCCAUCUGUUUUCUUCACAACCAAAAUGGAUGGCACUGUGGAUACUUGGGACUUAUUGUUUAAACAUGGUGAACCAACCCUCAGUGUUAAGGUGUGUGAUGAAGCUCUAUACAGUUUGCGCAUCCAAGACAAUGGCCGAUUGCUUGCCUGUGGUUCUCACCGAGGCACAACAACACUUCUCGAGUAUUCAUCAGGUUUCUGUACUUACCAGAAAAAUGAAAAAGCACUUGCAAAUGCGAUGUUUGAGAGGGAGACAAAACGGGAGAAGAUUCUGGAAGCACGUCAACGUGAGUUACGUGCAAAAGAACGUGCUAAAUCUGAACAAGGAAAGGCGGUGGAAAGCAAAGAAGUCGAUGAGGAGGAGACAAUUGAGUACAAAAUUGCAAAGGCUGAGGAAACAUUCUUUGAAACUAUUGAAAAAGAAAGAGAGAGAUUUGAGGUGGAGACGGAAAAAAUGGACCAACAGGAAAAGGGAACAUCAGAGGAAGAUGAUGAUGAGACGGAUGAGUACUAAAUGGAGAAUGCAAUUUGAGACUGCAGCAUCAACUGAAUAAAUUAAUUCAUUUUGCUUAGUUAUUGAAGGAACAGCCAACGUCCAGAAGAUCAACACCUUGAAACUGUGUAUUGACAUCUGGACAUUAGAUGCACCUAUUUUCAUAGUUUGUUAACUUUAUUCAAAAUAUGUUUUUUUUGGAUAUUUAAAUAAAAUUUCUAGCUUGUCUUUGCAA